AUGCUGAAAAGCCUUUGUCGUCUACGACUGCGGCGCAGCUUCUCAACGACUUCGGAAGUCCUCGACCAGGCGACGGCCUCGACGAAUCCGUCUGUCGACGUUAGCUAGUAGGUCUUUCCAAAGUUCUCGAAUUAAUCGACAAAACUAUACAUGGGUAGAAAAUACUAAUGGAAAGUGAGAAUAUCGUGAUAAAUAACUGAAUAAACGUUCUAUAUUGUUUCCAAGAGAACCUUCCAGAAAGACUUUCCAACUUUUGUUUUCAUUCACCGUCCACGAACACUUGCAAAAGUAUGAAUAACUUUUCCAUUCUCACUAUUGUCGCGAAUCAUUCGAAGAAGUUGUCAGAAAAAAGUUGAGUUAGCGGGGAACGAACAAAACUUGAAGAAAUGAGCUUGAAAUGUUUUUGUUGUCGAAAGGAUCGAGAUCAAUUUCAUCAUUUGGAGUUCUAGAUCUAAACGCAAAUAAAACUACCUAAUGUGAAAAUGCUUCUUCGAUCUGAAGCAAUUCAAAAAGUUGUUUCACGUUUUUUUUUUGCCUUAGUGAUGCCUCGCUUUCCAUAGACUUUGAAUAUCAUGUUUUUAACCUUUUCCAGUAUGCGGUCCCGACAUCGAAUAUUGGCCGCAGGCGGUAUGCCUCCCGUUGAAUUCGAAUUCGAACGGGAAAGAGCAGCGCGCCGAGAACGUUUCGGUCGUUUCGGACUGAAAAGCGGAGUUCCAGUCGAAGAAUUGUUUCCCACUGUUGAGGUUCGAUCCGAAUUGAACAAUAUCGGAAUAUUCUACUCGCGAAUAGUCUGACUGUUUAAAAAAUAGCAUGGUAGCGUGGUUCAUGAGAAAUGGGCGCUGAAAAGAUUUACAAAGUCGUGAAAAAAUGCUACAGGAGGCAAAAUAAGAAUUUAUGGAAAUUUUUUUUGAAGAAAAUCAAUUUUUCAGUUUCUUCGAUUUUUGUUGAGAGUUUAGUGAAUGAAAAUUACGCCUUUUAAUGUUCAUAUUUCAUUCAUCAGGAACUCGAAGAAGAAAAGGCUCUUGGUCUUUAUCGAGAGCUGAAUGACGUUAUGCGGGAACACACAGAUUUGCAAGCCAAGAAAAAAAUCAAGGAGGCGGCACGGUUUAUUUUUUGGUUCAACUUUGUUGUGAAAUAUUUCAAUUCUCAGGUUAGCCGAAUUGGAAAAAAACUUGAAAAGUUAUCCGCAAAAAUUGGCCAAAUACGAGGCGAGUUUGGUUAAAUCAGAGCGAGAAAAAGACGCCAAGGAGUUGGCUCUCGAAAAAAGAAUACGGUUAGUUCUUAUUUUCAUGACAAUCUCUUCUACUUAUGAUUAUAAGAGAAAACGGAAAAAGUAUUCGGCAUCGCCUUUUUGUUUCAGCUAAAGUUUGGAGUGGUCUGUUUGAAUGUGUGAUGAAAUUUGACGAACCAAAAGUGACUUGAAAGUUAAAUUUCACGGUUCGUCAAGAAGACCAAAAAAAGGCCACACAAAGUAUGUAAAAAAUGAUAGUUUUGAGAGACAGUUUGAAUAGGAAUUUUUUGAUUUUUUUUUUUCUCACAUUUUGGUUAAAGAUUGAGAACAUUCUUCUUUCGCAACUUCUUUAAUAUCUACUUCCAGGGAGAUUCAAGAAUACUUCGGCUAUUGGAUGGAUCCUAAGGAUCCGCGGUUUGAAGUUAUGUUGCAGCAGAAAGAACAAGAAGAAAAAGAAGGUUAUUCAGUUUUUUUCUUCUUCAAAUUAUAACCGUCAAUACUCAAAUUUUUCUCGUCGAUCUUUUUUAAUUGUUUUUUUCAGGCUGCAAAGAUGGCAAAGCGACAAGAAGUUCAGAAGAAAAAAAGUUUGCCGAAAAUGCUUGAUGAAGAGUUUUUCAGUUUUAGUUUAUUCCAGUUUAGGAUUUGUUUUUUUUUGUUACGAAUGUACAUUCAUUUUUACAAUAAAGUUUUUUAAUUGAUUUGGUAUUUUCUAAACUCUUCUAUUGGUUUUGAGCCUUAUUUUUUUACCUCGGUUACAUAAAUGUAAAAAAAAUAAUAAAUGUUUUCUUUCUCCAUGUGAAAAUUUUUCUUCUAACAACACUGAUUGAAUUUCUUAGAAAUUCCAUGAAUACUUGAAGAACUGAAAGUUUUGAGGCGACUAGCGUUUUCUUGUUCGCAGCUUUUUUUUCGCGACAAAUUGUUAUAAAACACAUCGGUAUGGAAUAUUCGUUUAACAUUCUCACUUUUUUUUUGUCAACUUGAUCAUUUCGAUGAGUCAAACUCAGAUGGCGGUGGAAUCGAUUCUUGAGUACGCUGGCGAAUCUUCCAACUCUUGCGGCUACUGCAACGGAAGCCCCCGGAGAUCUUCUAAACUAGGUGAAAAGGAAGAAAAAAAGGAGGAAGAGGCUCGUGGCAGUUCGGAAAGCCUAGGUGAGGCCUUUCUUCAUGGGCCGUUUCUGCGUCUUUAUCAGUGUCUCAUGAGGAUUUGGAACCGAUCCCGAUAAUCGAUAUGAAUUUUCUUUUCAAAACAAGUUCUCAUUUCCAAGAUACAUUAUUUUGCAAGAGCUUGUCGUUAAUGUUUUUCGUGAGAAUCCAAAAAACCUUAUCUUCAACAUAAGUGACGCGGUUAGGACGAAAUAAAUUCUCGUUCCUAACAUUAAAGAAGGCGAGUCGCAAAGUUCAAUAGAAAACCUAGAGAUACCAUUAUAUUUUCUCGAUUUUUCAGUUACUCUGCAUAAAAAUCAUGAAAAAUUUCCUAAUAUUUGUCAUCAUUCCUCAUUUUUUUAUUCUUUUGUUAAGGUUUUUAUUGCGGCGGCCUGAGUCCCGAACAUCUGAUGAAGUUUUUGGAGUUGGGUUUCAGCGAGUAAGUGGGUGUUCUGGUUUUUUUUUUCUAGGCGCAUCUUCAAAUUUUCUCACAAGGUUUUGCAUUGAAGGUCAGGAAAUCACGUUGAAUGACUCAAAUUUCGCAGUUUGAUUCGGAAAAAGUUUAUUUUUGAAACAUAACAAGAUAGAAAUACUAUAUAGCUGGUGGAGAGUGCAGACAGAGCCACGCCCUACUUUCGCAUCCCGUAAACCGGCCGUAACCGCUUCGCGACCGCUACGCGUUGAAUCAUAUUCUGCGAAAAAGGACGUUUCAAGCCUUGGAAAACCUAUUCUCUUGAUAUUUUGGCUUCCACUUAAUUUUAUUGAGUGUGGAUCUUCCUUUUUUACUAGCUUUUCACUGAUUUGCACGCACAAGUUACUUUAGAAAUUUAUAGGAUUUUUUUCAUUUAAUAUAAUUUUUCGGUUUCAACCAAAGUUCAAUGAAUAUAAGCUACUUUUUCUCAAACUUGUUUCGUACUUAAGCCAGAACACCCAAACUCGUGCAAAUUCAAAGAAAUUGUCUUUCGCAUAAAAACGGAUAUCAAGUUGCAAAGUUAUUUUCUUCUUCUUUUCACAAUAUUCUUGGAAGUUUGCAGGAGUUUGGGCGGACACGCUGAGCACUUCGGAUUACCUGAAGCUGCUCGAUCGUGGCUGGCGGAGGUUGUUUUUUUAUUUGAAUCUAGAGCUGCAAAGUAUUAAAGAACCAUUUGACAUUCACGUUGCCAAAUGAGAAUGUUCUGGCAUAAUUUUUUUCAUAUUUUUGUAGUCAAAAUGUCGUGCAAUUACCUGAAAUAUUUAAAAAUCAAGUAUGAGACAGUACAGCUGUUUUUAAUUGAUUCGCAGGUAAGAAGGGGGGAAAACAUAGAAUUGAGCUGAAUUAAGUUUCAUAGACACAAAUUUAUUUAUAACAUUCUAACCGUCCUCCUUGAUACUUCUAAUGGCUUUUUUUUGCUCCGAUUUCUAAUUUUUUUUUUCAAGAUCUGGAAGAUAUCUUUACAAGCCAAAAAAUGAGACGACUUGCUGUCCACAAUACACAAUUCGGUUCGUUUUCAGUUAAAUUUACGGAAAAAAUUAAUCUGAAACAUGGAGUUCCAUUAUUAUCUUCAAAAAGUUCGAAAUUGCAGUCUCGAUUCGACUCAGUUCUACCUGUCCCGAAGUCAGCGACGGACACUUCAACAAAUGAACGAUUUUCUGGAAACGGGCAAAAAACCUCGUUGUGGGAUUAAAGAAGAGCAAGAUGUAUCCGAGAAAAAAAGGUGUUCGUUGAGAUCAAGAAAAUCUAAAAAAACUAUUUUUGUAACGAAAACUCGUCAAUGUUUUUUUAUUUAUUUUUCAUUUUCCGGCUUUACUUUUUAAAAAAACUUGACGGAAAUUUUUUUCUCAGAGAGAUAUGUACAAUCAAAAAAAUCUGACUUGGAAUUUCAGAGAUAUUAGUUAAAAUUAUUUUUGAUCUCAUGCAAUUAAAAAAAUUAUUUCUAAUUAAUUUCAGCAAUCGAAACAUCAGGAUUCAUCAGAAGCGCAUGGAAGUGGAGACAGAAGUGCCAAGGUUUCAUAUUCAUUCAAUCAAAGACAUUUUCUGAUUGUUUCAAGCGUGCAAAAUUAAUGGAGCCCGUUGUUCACAAGGAAAGAGAUCCGACCAGGCCUGUUCUCAAGAAAAAGGAGAUUCGAAGGGCCAAAUUCGAGGAAAAAUGCCGAAAAAGAGGUUUCGACGUGGAAGUUGAGAGAGAGAAAAGACGAGUCAAGGUGAAUUUCGAAAAUAUUGUGGAGGAAGUAUUGGGAGAAGUUUUGGAAGAGUGGCUCUAGGAAUAAAUCAUCAAAAUCCCAAACAGUCUGACCUUUUUGAAAGCUCUUUUCUAUUUUUCUAUGACCUUAGCCGCAAGGAAAAGUGAGAAUUAGAACAUCAGAUUUUUAACUCUAAUCGUGUUGAAUGCUUAUAUAUUUAUGCUUGUUUUUCAGGAAGAAUCAAGAAGACGUACCAUCGAAUCUUAUAUUAUUCCGGCUAAGCCCACCGAUAAACAUAAACUAGAGGCUUAUUAAAGAAAAUAAAAACUAAUUUUUUUUUCUCAAGCUUCAGGUCAAACUAGUGGCGCUCAAUUCCGAAGAAUUCGAAAGCCGUGCUAAGGAAUCUUUUGAGCUUUUCGUCAGAUAUCAGAGUGAAGUACGAGAACUGAGAUUUCCUUAUUUAUCUACAUCUUCAGGUCCACAAAGAUUUCGACAAAAGUCAAAGGGGAUAUCGGCGUUUUCUGUGCGAAUCACCGCUCAGAAAUACUUCAAGAGGACGGUUGGUUGGAAGAAAACUCUUUUAUAAUACAUUCGGAGGAGAGAAUUCAAUGAUGUUCACAGUAGUCGAAGUGAAAUGAAAAUGGUUCAAUACCCAAUUUUUUUGGAGUAGAUCGACCCUUUUUUUAUAACGAUUUGAUGGCUUUUUUUAUCGUCUUUUUUUAAAAGAAAAAGACACAAAAAAACUGUUGAACUCAAAAAAAUUUUUGAAAAAAAUGUGAGUGUAUUUCAGAGGAAUCACAGAGCUUUUUGUAAUAUAUGUUGAAAAUUCUUUCUCUCAGUUCUUCGGUGGAACUCGGAUCUUUCCACAUGUGGUACUUGCUGGACGACAAACUCGUCGCCGUCGGAGUGGUCGACCUCCUUCCCAAGUGUCUUUCUGCCAAAUACCUCUUCUACAACCCCGACUUCGCCUUUCUCAGCCUCGGAACUUAUACCGCCCUCAGGUUAUCUUGAACUUCUCUAUUCGAUGAAAGAAUAAAAAAACAAAGUAGUUGCGAACUCACAAGAAGAUCAUUUUGCUUCGCGGUUAUGAACUUCCUGACAAUUGGCCAGGACAUUGAUGAAAAAUAAGCCCUGAAACCUGUACAACUUUAGUUAUCGAAAAAUGAGGGCUCAAACUCCCGGGACAACUUACUUAAGCAGAUUUUGAUGAUUUUCUUUGGAUUUGAAGUUUCUUUUUCUGAAACUUAAAAAUUUUGCAGACUUUCAGAACACUCAUCCGGCUAAUUGAGGAGUUUUCUGGCCAUACUAUGAAAACUUUUCGAACACAGUGUAAAAUGACCUCUUCAGAAGUCUUCGAUGUUAAAAAUGAUUCUGCGGAAUCAAAAAUAUCUUAAAGAGAAACAAAGAGGCAACUAAAUUCUGGAAAGUCGGAGAUAAUUGUGCAUUUCGCGGAAAUCCCUUCGAACUCGGAAUCAGAUCUUCCGGCGUUUUCAAAAUCCUCAAACUCAGCCUUCAGAGAAAUCGCCUUAACAAAAAAGUUGCACGAGCAAUCGCCGGACUUCCUAUACUACUACAUGGGCUACUACAUUCAUUCUUGUCCCAAAAUGCGCUACAAGGCCAAAUUCCGACCCAGCGAACUCCUCUGUGAUCAAUCUUUUCAAUGGGUUCAUCAACUGGAUUCUUUAAUUUUCGCAAGAAAAAACUCUUUUUAGGCGCCAAUGGAAGUAUGUCAAAAGAGAAUAGAGGAAUCGGAGAAGCCCAACGGAUUCGCCGCUUUUCUUCCUGAUCAACCGGCACCUUCUCCAGUUCCGAUCAAUCGGAUUAAGGUCUUGAUCUCUGAACGAGUUCGUGCAAUUUCUCUUGAAGUUCGGUUGAUAAGAAGGAUUUCAAGGGACCUUUCAUGGACUACGGGAUGUUCUUGUCGAUGAACCCCUCCUUCAGACCGUCUGAUAGUUUCCGACGAAGCUUAGAAGGUUACAUUUUGAUUUUUAUCAUAUGGGAGAAGGAUUCAGAAAAAAAAACCAAAAUCUACAAGGUACUUGUAGAAUAUGUAAAUAAGCGUGAUAGAUCACGUUAAAAGAUAGACCAAGGAAAAGUAUAAAAGGAAAGAAUUAUCCAGCGGGUCCACAACCGACUUCUCGAGCUCCCAACCGCAUCUCCCGACUCCGAGCCUACUUCGCCUCGCGACGAAUAGGCACCUCUACAACUUCAUUUUUUUCACACCAAAUAUACCUCAAUAAUAAAUAUUUGGUGUGAGAAGUUGUAGAGGUGCCUAUUCGUCGCGAGGCGAAGUAGGCUCGAGUCGGGAGAUGCGGUGGGAGCUCGAGAAGUCGGUUGUGACCCGCUGAUAAUCUUUCCUUUUUAUACUUUUCCUGGUCUAUCUUUUAACGUGAUCUAUCACGCUUAUUUCAUAUUCUACAGUACUUUUUAUAGAAAUAAUUUAAUUUUUAAUUGAGAUAGGCAUUGUCAAAUGAAAUUUCCCGUCAUUGCGGAUCAAUCUUGGAGCCGCACGUUAACCACUACAGAUUUCCUUUGCAGCCGUUUCUUUUCACUUUCGAGAAACUAAAUAUUCGAUUUGUACACUCAUAUUCCUAUUGCCUACUUGCAGAUCUGUCGACGAAAAUUGGCGACGACCUGCUCUCCGUCGUGUUUUAUUUCCAGAAUCUGAGAAUCUAA